UGAAGUUAAAACAACGCUUCAGUACUAGCUUGGCAUUUGCUGACGACGCUGACGCUAACGACUUCAACUCUCUCUCUGCUUUGUGUGCGUGCCGUGCAGUACGUGUAUGUGUGUGUGUGUGUGUGACUAACUGCUUGCUUAGAGUGCGUCAUCACCCCGCCAAGCCACCCAACCACCCACCAAUUCCAACUCAAGCCCAGCCCAUUGUGCAAUCGCAAAGAAGUCAAAGAAAGCACGAAAAAAUCAAAUCAAAACAAACAAACUAAAAUGUCAACGUCGCCGUCGUCGUCGUCGUCGCUGCUGCUGCUGUUUGCUGCGCUGCUUUGGUGCUGCUGCUGCGUGCGUUACAGCGUUGCCAUCGAGUGUUACGUUUGCGAUGCAAGCGACACAAAUAAUCCAUUCCAAUGCGGCGAAUGGUUCGAUCGCUUUGAUGAGCCCGAUAUACAGCCACAGAAUUGUUCCAGUGUCCAUGGCGCCACAUUUUGUGUGAAGCAUGUGGGACGCUUUGAGGGCGGCAUUGGUGCGAAGCGUUUCUGCAGCUCCAAAGAUUUGGGCAAUUAUUGCGAUUAUGUGCGUAAUAAAGGUGAUCGCAUGGAUUAUCGCAGUUGCAUUUAUACUUGCGACACCGAUGGCUGCAAUUCAUCCAAUCAACUGCACGCAACUGGACUUUGGGGUGUGGCGACUUUGCUGCUCUUGACGAUCUGGCAACGCUGCUGAGCGCAACAAAGCGCGAGAGCGAGAGCGGUCAACUAAACAAACAUAGCUUUUUUUGUAAACAAAGUACACACACACACAAACACUCUCACACGUUUUUUUUAAACAACAAAUUGUAAUUUUAUUUCUUUUUUUUUAUUGUUUAUAAGUUAAGCUGUUAGAUUUCUAAGUUGAACAAAAGUAAAGUUUCUCACACAACAACAAAA